GCAUUUGCACGGAGAGCUGAGGGCGCCACGUGCGAGGUGCUUGUCAAAUGGGAGAGGGCAAGUUUUGACAAACGCAGCAAAGAGAAAAAAUUUCUGCAGUGAAUUUUUGGUGGUUUUGCAACUUUUGCGUACAUUUUGUCUUUCCCAGGGUGCCCCCGUGCUUUUCCACAGUGCCCCCGGAUUGUGGGGAAAUUGUCGGUACUUGUGGCAGUUUAGUUUAAAGUGGAACAAAUUGUGGAGGAGCACCAAAGUGUGCUGUGUGUACUCAAGAGAAGAAAUCGCGCUGUGUCUCCUUAGAUUUGGUUGUUGUGUGUGAGAGAAAAAGAGCGGAGUUCUCUUUUUCUGCCCCCCGCAUUUCUAUAUACAUUUGCAAAAAAAAGAAGAAAAUAAAUCCAACAAGAGGCAGAGCAGCUCAAGAGCAGGGAAGAUGUCGCUCCCGCUGAACUCUCUCUAUAGCUUAACAUGGGGCGACUACGGUACGUCGCUUGUGUCUGCCGUUCAGUUGCUCCGAUGCCAUGGGGAUCUUGUGGAUUGUACCCUAGCAGCAGGUGGACGGAGUUUUCCUGCCCACAAGAUUGUCCUAUGUGCUGCAAGCCCAUACCUUCUGGAUUUGCUAAAGAAUACACCGUGCAAACAUCCGGUGGUUAUGCUGGCUGGUGUGAAUGCCAAUGAUCUCGAGGCACUUCUUGAAUUUGUCUACCGCGGUGAGGUUAGUGUGGAUCACUCGCAGCUCCCGUCGCUCCUGCAGGCUGCUCACUGUCUCAACAUUCAGGGACUGGCACCGCAGACAGUGAGCCACAAAGAUGAUCAGUAUCAGAUUCAGCUUCAUCCAACAAUUGUGCCGCAGCACAUUAAGACCGUCAUCGAUGUUGGCAAUAAUGCCUGUUCUGAGCAGCUAAUUACGACAAUUCAAUCACCCGCCGAAACUGUACAAGCGCAAAUUGUUGAAGAAAUUACCCCCGAUCAAAUUCCCGAAGAUGUUACCAAGGAUGUCAUUAGCCAUCUUUUGCCCACAAGGAAACGAAAGCCACGUGCCCGGAAGCCAUCCACUGCAAAUGCAAAAGUACCACGUACGGAGAUAAAACAGGAGGCAGAAUCAACUGAGAAUGGGGUAACAACUGUAAAGCCGGAUCAACAGAAACCAGAUGUUGUCAAACCAAAAUCUCGAUCUCAAUCUGAACAACCAGCCUCAUGUCCAAUUUGUGGUGCAAUCAUACGGCAAUCUCGGAAUCUACGGCGUCACCUGGAAUUACGGCAUUUUUCACGACCUGGAGCGAAAAAGGAUAAGAAAGGAAAAACGAACAGCGUAUCAUCGGAAUCGGCAUCAACAUCAACGGGAACGGUAACUGUUGUAAUGGCACCACCUGGUACAACGCAUCAGCAGCAACAGCAGCAGCAUCAACUUGUUGAAAGUGGACAGCAGCAGGUUGUGAGUCAAGCAGAAGGCACAGAUGGUAGUAAUUCGUUGUCAGUUACCCAUGUUCAAGCACUACAGGGGCAUCAAUUGACGAUUGGGAAUCUAAAUCAGUUAUAAAGUGGUUUGUGUAGUGAAUUGUUGCGGGGGAAAUGUAUAAAAAAAAAGAAAGAUUUAUCAACACCAAGUGCGGGAUUUCUUUAGGAAUUGAUUAGUGUGGGAUUUAUAGUAAGAAAUGAAAGAUUUUUACGGAUUUUUCAUAUAAUUUUUUCUAUUCUUUCUUUCUUCUUUUUUUGGAUUAAUUCUAAUUGAAAUCACACAGAGAGAGACAAGAAGAGAGCGAAAGGUUUAAAUGAAAAAGAAAAAAAGGGAAAAAUGUUACAGAGGAGAUGGUGGACAACUUCCGGUUAUUUUUGCGGAAAUAAGAUUGAAUUUUCAUUAUUAUUAUUAUUAUUGUGUAGAACAGGAAAUAGAUUUGUGGAAGAGAAAAGGAAAAAAAAAGAUGAAAAAAAUAAGAAUUAUGAAAAAGAAGAAGAAAAGUCUUUGGGAUAAUUAACAACAUAAAUAACUAUUUUAGUGCGUGUCAAUAAUUUAUUUUUUUAAUCACUACUCGCUCAAUUCUAUUAGGAAAUUUUCUUUUAAAUUAUAACCUGAUAUAUAUAUAUAUUUAUUUUGGAAAAGAAACAAUCAUUUAUUGAAAGAAAAAAAAAGAAAUUCUUUUCAAUCUCUCAUCUUCUAUCAACUUUUUCUCUGUGUUUACUUUCCCUGCCACGGUUAGAGAGAACACGGUGACAAGAUAAAAAUGAAUUAAUAAAAAAUAAAUAAAUGUAAAGACAACAACAAAAAAGAAAAAAGUAACAUGAAUUUUCUAUAUAAAUCAACAACAAAAAUAUUAUAUAUUUAUAACACAAAAUAGGCGUCAAACAGUGGUGAGCAGCAACUGGAAGAAAGUCCCGAAGAAACUCACACGGAAUUGUUUAGGAUAAAUGCAAUUUAUGCUAUUCAAGAAGCCACGCAGCAGGAUUAGAAAGUAGAUAAAUAAAAGAAAAAAUUUUUUUCAUGAAAAAUAAGUUAUAAAUUGAAUUAUUUUUAAAGGAAAACCUCAAAGGAUUUUUCUUUGUAUAGUAGAAUAUUGAAUUUUUCGUUUCUAAAGAAAUAAUUUCAUCUGGAAUUCUAAAAUCUAUAAAAAAAAGAAAAAAAAUAGAGAAACAAAUGAAUAAAUUAAAAAAAAAAAUGAAAAGUGGGGAAAGUAACUCACAGAUGUACUUCCAAACAAAGAAUAAUUGUGCGUUCAGAGAGGUUUCGACCCUUCCUUAAGGAAAAGGAAAAAUAUUAUUUUUCAGUAAUGUAUAAAAAUUAUUUUUUAUUUUUUUUAAUUGUCGCGUAAUUCCAUUAAAAGAAAACAAGUCAGCAGGAGUUUCCUGAACGUACCACAAUAUCCUUUCUCAUUAUAUAUUUGUUAAGGAUCAAGAGGAGAAAAAAAAGAAAACGGACGAACCUUUUAAAAUAGUUUUAUAACAAAUUUUGCUUUUGAUAGUUUUUUUUUUAAUUUCAAUUAAUUUUGUUUAAUUUUUAGUAAAGUAGUAAGAUAGACUGUGUUUACUUUCGCCAUUUAUUUUCUAACUUAUAAUAUAUUUAAAUAUGCUUAGAUAUUAUAUAAUAUAAAAUAAUAAAUAAAGAUUUGAAAAUAUAAAAAAAAAACAAUGAAAAAAAAAGAAAAUAAAAGGCAAAAAAUUGCAGAAAAGCCUACAAGUGUUGAGAACUUCAUAUAGGUAUCAAUAUAUUUUUUUAUAUUGGUAAUUCUAUAAAUUUUCUUUUUUCAAUUACGUACAAGAGUAACAUUUUUGAAAAAUUAGAAAUAUUUCCGUUUAAACUUGAAAAAAUAAAUUGAAAUUGAAUUUUGAAAAAAAUCCCAAAGAUGAAAUAAAUUAGAAAUAUUAUUUUUUGGCUAAAUUAUUGACACAAUGAUGAUUUUUUUUGGUAGAUUAAUUAUAUUUUUUCUUGAAGAAAAAUAAAAAAAAAAAUAAUUCGUGCAAUAAUUUGAUUUUUUUUCUUGUCAAAUGUUGAUUUUCUUUUACCUUAAUAAAGUGUGCAAAUGAAUUUUGUAUGGAAUUAAUACAAAAAUUAUAUUUAUAAAAUAGAACAGAAUUUUGCACCAAUUUAAUUUUUUUUUCAAAAGAAAUAGUUAUUCGGAAGAGAAAAAUAAAUAAUAAAAAGAAUGAAUUGAAGCAACAAAUUGUAUAAAAAAAUUCACAACACUUAAUUUUUUCAGUGUCCCAUAAAAUAUUAUAUUAAUACACAAAAUAAUAAAUUAAUGGCUAAAAAGAGUGUUUAAUAUUAAAGAAAAAACAAAUAACGUGGUCGUGUAGAAAUUCCUAAUUUAAAAUGAAAUUUAAGUCUCUUCUCAAUAUAAAGUAAAAAAAAAGAAAUGAAAUAAAACGAAAAAAAAAAGAAAUUUGAAUUAAAACAAGAAUAAUAUAAUCUCUAGAGAUCUUUUUAUGGACCACAAAAAUUAUUUCGAAUGUGCGUGUGUGUUUAGUAAUGUAAGGAAGGAAAGAAAUAUAUUUAAAUAAAAGAAUUUUAAGGAAACAAGGAAGCUCUCUGAGUACCUACAAAAAAAGUUUACAAAAAAGGAAUUUUUUGAGAGAAAGAAAUCAACGUUUUUUGCUCUAGGCGGUGUGUAGUAAAAAUAUCUAAAUGAAAAAAUAUAAAAAAAUAUGUAUUUUUAUCAUCUAAUUAUCAAAUAUUUUGCAUAAAAAUAACAGAGAUGAUAAAUAGUACAUAAACAUAAGGAAAAGUAAAAAAAAUGAGAAAAUAACCUUUGAAAAAAAAAAUAAACUGAAUUAGAUUUCUAGAAUAGAGAAAAUAUAGAUUCAAAGGAAUAAAUUUUCUCUAUAAUAUAUUAAUUUAGGCAUAAGUUCAAUAAGUAUCGAGAAAGAAAAGAUAAAUUUAAAAUCAAAUGCAGAUAAAUUGUAAAAUUUAAGGACAAAAAAGUAAUUUAAUUGGUAAAAGAAAUGAGUGUAUAAAAGUAAAUGAAUAAAAAAUUGUGAAUAAUA